CCUUUUCGACCGAAUUGCUCUCCAACGUCACUUCCACGCGAUAUCCCGGCCACAGUCUCCCUUCCGUCACUCCACGACGAUAAGACAACACAAAACACUUUCACGAACUAUACAUAUUCGACCUUAUGGAUCCGUAACGUCUACUUCCAGAGAGCCAUCAAUCGCUUCCAUCCCCUCCUCUCCAACAUUCGCUAUCACAUCCCUCCGUCUCCUCACAAUGUCCCUCCGCAACCGCCUCAAACGUUACGUCUCCCGCGACUCCUCCACCACCACUCUCCCCAAAUCCGCCACAACAACCACCACGACUAAACCCUCCCGCAACCCCAUCAUCAAACUCCGCGCCAAAUCCAAACGCAAAUCCUCCCUCCCCUCCACCCCCGCCAACCCCAACGAUCCGGACCCCAACCACGUCCUCUACCGCCCCGAUGAAUCCCUCCCCCUCCCCAAAUACCGCCGCCCCGUCGCCAAGGCCCACCGCGAGCAGCUCGAGAACUACGAUUGGGCCACCAGCUGGCGGAGGAGGAGCGUGCUAAGUGAAUAUUCGCCGGGGCACAGUUGCGCGAGCAGUCGGCGGGGCAGUCGGCAGGAGGACACGCCGGUGCUGGUCGGGAUCCCGCGGAAGAGCUUCCAGAAAGCGCGGCCGCUGGCGGAGAUCGUGGUCGAUGAGCCGGUGUGCGAGGAGCUGGAUGUCGAGGCGCGGGAAGGGGCGGUGGCGGUUACGGCAGUGGACGGUGACCCGCAACAACAGCUCCCGAGCCUGACGCGGUGUGAAGGGAAGCCGCGGGAGACUCCGGGAGAUAGCGUGAUUGAUGGGAUGGAAGGGGGGCGGAGCGACGGGAUCAAGACGCCGUCGUUGGUGGCGGAAGACAGUCUUGAUAGCCGAAGUACACCGACGACGUUGACGCAGGAGGAGGAAAUGGAGGCACGGAGGAUCUUGCGGACGCCGCAGCGGGAGGCGCCGUUUUGUGUGGAAGAGUUGGCGUUGGCGUUGAAGAGGAGUCAGUUGGCGUCGGUGGGCUGAUGGGAUGUGCAGGAUGGGUGCGGGGGAUCAGCGAGGGGGGCGAAUGAAUUAUGAUUGCAUUCUGGAAGGCGUUCGUUAUUUGCGUGGCAUCGCUU